CGGUUUCUCGUGACUGGAUGUAAGAGUUGUUGAUAAAGACUUGAAAUUGUUAUUUCAAACCACAACAAACAAAUUGUGCUAAACACGACAAUAGAAAAUAUAGUAUAUAAAUUAUCUGCUCCUCGUCAAACGACGACAGACUUUUGUGUACUUGUGUCAAAACAAACAGGAGAAUCGGGACGGAAAUCUUUCUUGACUGAUGAGAUCGUGAUGCCGUGAAAAUAAAAACACAACACAACCUUGGACGCCACUUCAUCCGCAUUGGCGGAUACGUAACACCAUGUGGGUCUAAGUCCACACAGCAGUGUCAGAUUCCGUGAAAAAAGAGGGCGCCGUCUAUCGGAACCAGAAAUAGUGUUUUAAGUAAAAAUGUCUGAGGAAAAGAACGGAAAGUCUCGUCAACGGCGAGAAUCAUGUGAUUCGGAAGUAUCUAAUGAAAGUGUAUCUGACUUGAUUCCAACGCCGCCAGAUGGCGGCUGGGGCUGGGUGAUCGUACUAGCAUCAUUCAUGUGUAACGUCAUCGUGGAUGGCAUAGGAUAUGCGUAUGGAGUUCUUCUGCCGGAAUUUGCCGAGUUUUUCAACGCACCCAGGAGUAAAGUUUCUCUUGUAGGCUCUCUGCUAUGUGGGGUCUACUUACUUGCAGGACCAAUCGUCAGCGGUCUUACAAACAAGUUCGGCUGCCGUAAGGUCACCAUUGUGGGCAGUGUUAUCGCCGCCAUUGGCUUCAUCAUCGGUUCGUUCAGUCCAAGUCUUAACGUUCUCAUCGUCAGCUACGGCUUUCUUGGAGGAUUCGGAUUUGGUCUGAUUUACCUGCCAUCUAUCGUCAGUGUUGGAUACUACUUUGAGAAGAAACGCGCUCUAGCGACAGGAAUAGCAGUGUGCGGUUCUGGAGUAGGGACAUUCAUAUUUUCACCAGGAAAUAAUGCCCUUCUCGCGGCCUAUGAUUGGCGAGGUCUUCUGUUGAUUCAUUCAGCCAUUAUUCUACAAUGUGCCGUAUGCGGGAUGCUUAUGAGGCCUCUCGAGCCAGAGAAAAAGAAAAAAGUACGGGUUAGUGACAAAAAUAUAGACAGAAUCAAAGAAGAAGCAAAAUCGGGAAGGAAGCGUUGUAAUGAGUCAGAAUCUAGCGUCGCGGUCGUUGAAACGUUUGCAAAACUCAGGGAAGCCAAAUUAAAACGAGAAAAGCAAUUGGAGGAUGACUCGGACAUUGCUUCCAUGCCCAGUGCGUACUUUGUGAAGGGUCCACCAGAUGCCAUGAGCACUAGUUACAACUCCCGUCAAAUGAAACUGUCGUUUUCUGACCGCGGGGACGCCAUGAGUCAAACCAGUACUCCAGCUGGUCCCCCGAAAAUUAUGAUUUCUGAAAAUGGCUCCAACGUAGCGAUGGACAAUGAGGUAGAAUCGCCUACAUCAAAUAUGUCUUUAAGCAUUCCUGACCGGAAGAAUAGUAAUAGUACCAAUGCGCAACAGGAAGAAUGUGAUCAAAAAGACAAAAAUAAUUCAGUUUUGCCCAACGGCGUUUUUGCGCACGAGGUUCAGCCUCUUAUUGAGAAUGGGUACACGAAAGUAGCCGUGGCAAAACCGAAACCAUCGCCAUCGGGGGGCGAGGGUGGGUCUAAACUGUGUGUCGGGUCGUCACGUGACGUCACCCUCCACAAGGAAGAUUAUAAGAGACCAUUAUACAGAAAAGACAUUUUCUACAGCGGAAGUGUGCUAAAUAUCCCACAAUACCGUUCACAGCCGGACAUGCGUAGUUACAUCGCUAGUAUUACAACUAUUCCAGGUGACAUUGACCAAAAAGCCACGUGCUGGGAUAAAUGUACGUGUCUUCCGAAGUCUGUCGUGGACACAUUGUCCGAAAUGCUGGAUAUUUCCCUCUUGACCAACGUCCCAUUUCUCUUGAUAUGCGUUGGAAAUCUCUUUGCGAUGACCGGUUUUUAUGUCCCUUUCACAUACAUCGUGGACAGAGCGGUGAUGCUUGGCAUCGACAGUACAAGAGCCGCUUUUCUCCUUUCCAUUAUUGGUAUCACCAACACCAUUGGGCGUGUCUUAUCCGGAUUCCUUGCCGACUUGAAAUUUGUCGACAGUCUAGUUAUCAAUAAUAUCGCCCUAGUUAUCAGUGCCGUUUCGUUGUUCCUGCAACCUCUCUGUACGACGUAUGAAACUCUGAUCAUCUUCGCUGCUGUGUAUGGACUGUGUGUGGCGGCCUACAUCUCAUUAACAUCAAUCAUUAUCUGUGACCUGCUUGGAUUAGAAAAACUGACCAAUGCCUUCGGACUAUUGACCAUGGCGAGGGGCAUUGCCGGAAUUUAUGGACCCCCUGUUGCUGGUCUAGUGUUUCAGGAAUAUGGAUCUUACGACGCAUCGUUUUACAUGGGCGGGUUCAUGUUUACCAUCGGUUCAUUCUUCCACCUGGCUUUGCACUUACCCUGUCUCAAGCGGAUGUCAAAACAACGGGAAACGGAAGCUAUCAUUGCUGAGAGUACGCAUGUGUAGACAACGAGGUUUUGGUUCAUGGAAUGUCAGAAUGUGACCAAUUGCAGAUUAAUAGAGUUGUCUGUGUAUUGAAAUUUUCAGCUAUGAAGCGGCCAUGUGUCGGAACUUUCUCAAUUGAGAGCUGAGGGCAAGCCGAUUUAAUUUGGUACUAUUUGAAAUGUGAUUUUCAUUUUCAUUUUUUGUGACAAAUAUUGUUAGCCUCUGGCGUAUGUCACGUGACAUAAAAAAGGAGUGACCCGAAAUAUUGCCACAUGAAACAUUGUCAUUGCCGCAAUACUGCCAUGUGGCCUAAUAAAUCACGUGACUUAAUAAUACUGUAAAAGUAUGUUUUUCUUUGUUUGAGGAAGAGGAUGUAUAUGAUUGUAUAAAUGAAAUGAUAGCAUUGUGAUGUGAUGUGCUGCAUGAAAGAUAUUUUUAUUUCAGCGUAAAAUUUAUUCAUACUGAGUGGAAACAGUUUUAUAUUAAAUGUCCAUGUAUUGUCAAUAAAUAAUGUCAAUCAGUUAUUAUGAAAUAAAGAGCCCAUGUGUUGACACUUGAAAAAACCCACUGGUAAACGAUUUUAGUGAAACUGAGUACAUUGUGUGAUCACUAACAUUGUUAAGGGGUUAUGUAUGAUGACGUCAUUCCACAGGGUUUUCCACGUGUACAGAUCACAGGGCGUUGUUAUCUUGUAUAAUCUAUCGACUUCUACCAGAAGGGAUGGUCUACUACAUACUGUUAGGAGUGCGAUGUAUGCAAAUAAAAAAUCAAAGUUUGAUUGUGGGGUUACAUGUUACACCGGAAGUGCAGCUGUGAUGCUGUGUACUUCCCUGAUGUAUUUCCGGUAAUCGGGAAUGGGUUAAAUUGACAGCAAUACGAUUUUCGUUUUGUAAUUCAAUUUCAUAUUAGUUACUUACAUGUGAUAUUGUUUCUUUGAGCAAAAGUUUUUUUUUAAAUUUCAACCUAUACAACGAACAUACACCUUCAUAUCACUGUUUUAUUCUGCUCACAAAUAUAUACCACAGGGUUUGGUACAUAAUGUCUCCAACCUGUGCCGUUUCAUUGAAAUCCUGAUACUUUUUGUCAUAACAAGUUUUUAUACCUUUGUCCAUUAAGUAGUAUUCAAUGCGCGUGCUGUGCACGUGUAACGUAUUGUAUAAUUCUUCGUAUUUAUAAUGUUAUUAUUGUACACUAGGUUGCCUGUCGAAGUUGUUCUCUCCUUUUUGUUUCGCUUUGAAAAAAAACGAGCGCUACCUGGCGGAGAGAAGUGGUACAAAGGCAGGUAAUGCAAUAUAUUGUUAAAGUAAUUAAAAAUUGAACAAUUAAAAUUUUUACGGAAAUUUGCUUAAUACGGCAAAACAGAAAGAUGUUUAAUGUUGUUGCGUCAUAAAAACCUGGUAAAAAGGUUCCUAUGGAGUACUUCUGUUUUUGCUUUAUGUAAGAUAAUGAGUCAAAUUCGAAAGAGAGUUGGUGUGAAUGCCCUUGAAUAAAAAGAAUAUUUUUUUUAAAUAUUGACCAUAUUUAAAUAUUUAACCGUUUUAUAUUGAGUUAUAUGUACAUUUGUGUUUUUUUUUUUUUUUUUUUUUUUUGGUAGUUUUAUCAUUCCAAUGCUAGUGUUACAUAUAUAUGAUUACUGAACUAAUUUCUUUCAGGUUUUAAAAUUGUAUGAGUAAAAAUGCUUGUGUAUAAAUGCUGAUCCGCGUGACUGUUUAAGAAAAAAAUAAACAAUUGUAUAUUUUUGCACUUAAAGAUAAGAUUGUGUCUGAGUUCAAGUUACACGAUAUUGAAUUGUGUAAAUGCCGUAGUUUUGCCAAAAAAUUAACUAUAGUUCAUUUUAUAUUCAUAUUUUGUAUAUUAUGUUCUAAUGAAAGAAAAACCAGUAUAUUUAUGUUGCUUAGGAUAUAUAUGACUUUCACAUUUUGCAGUUUAUGUUUAUGAGAAAAAAAACAUUCAAUUUUAGUAAUAUAACCACGAUUUACGGUCAAAAUAGGAAGAAGUUGUUUUAUUGUUCUUUAUUUGUAGGCGUGAUACUUCAGUCUUUAGGAAUUUUUAUUUACAGAAAUGUUUUCUUGGUGUUCCAAUCGCUGAAAAUCGCUGUACAAAGAAUAUUUUCAUUGCUGUCAAUUUUUACCAGUGUUUCACUGAAACAAUUUUCGUAUUUACAAUUCGUGUUGUAAAAAGUUUCAAAGGACGAUUUUUUGUCUGUAUUGCCGUGUAUUGUUAUGAUACAGAUUUUUAUAAUAUGUUACUAAAACGUUCAAAGAAUGUGUGAUAGCUAGACUUGAUUGCAUACAUUAUUUUCAUAAUAUUUUUGCAUUGGAUCCUGACAAUCGGUUGCCAAGGCAACGGCCACGUGUGAAAGUUAAGGAAAUGAAGAUGAGCAAGUUUCAUUAAGAAGUACAAAGUUUGCUAUUGUUCUGAAAGAAAACAUCUGUACAUUUGUCUUAUUUCAUCCUCAUCGUGUGACAGAUAGAAUUUUCUCGCGAAUUAUCAUGCUGGUCUCACGUCUUAAAUCACGUGUUAGCUGCACGCCACAUGAAUUCACGUGCUUCCUGUAUACUAGUUUUUGAGCACGUGGACACUUCCAUCUUGGGGAUACAUUUUUUUUAAGACCACGGCCAUAUUUACCGCUUUCUGCCUAGACAAUGUGGAGGUCCAGGGAAAUUAGCUUAAAAUAUUUUACUCGUGUGAUUUGGCUUAAAAUCAAUUUAGCUCAGGAUAUUUAUAUUAUUAUCUCUGAUGGGUGACAUGAAUCCAUUGUCAAGGAACGUAGAUAGCUAGAAACAUAUGCUUUGUUUUGUCAGGUUUUACACCUAUUCCCUUAUAUAACAGCCCCAAGACAUUCGAGUGUGCCUUUAGUAGCUAAGUUAGUAGAUCACCACUAGCAAUAUUGUUUUAUUUGUGUUUUAGUAAAGGAAAAAUAAUUGAAUUCAUUAACAUUGUGUAGAAAAAUAAUUAAAGAUAUUGUUUAUUUGACA